UGUAAACACUGAUGACAAGCCAAAGUAUCUAAUUUGUUUGGCAUCAUCACAUAUCUUUAGAGCUUAACGAAGCAAAUUACAGAUCUAUAUUUAGGAAGUGGCCCCAAUUAAUUAAUCCAAAUUGCACUUUCAAAACUUCCUCAAGUUGACUUCGGUUCUUUGUUGAAAAUUUCCUCAAUUCUGCACGAUUCACAUGAAAUCAUUUGUCACACUCUCCGAAUUGUCUUCACUCACUUUCUGUUUGUCCUUCAAUGAAGUUUUUUCACUUCUUUAUUUUGAUUCUCUCUUUUUUAAUUUUUUGCGAUCUUCCCUGUUCUAAUUUCAUAGAUUAG